AUGGAAAACAGAAAUGGUAAACUGUGGAAUGAUACGCUCAAGAGUGCACAAGAGAUUGUUGUUACCACUUUCACUUGGUAUGACCAAUUCCUACAAAUGCAGCAGUUACAGCCACAAGACAAAGCAGCCAAACUGGGUAAACAUUGGACUCCACCAUCAAGACAACAGCUCAAAAUCAAUGUUGAUGGAGCUUUCUUGCCUUCUAAAGAUAUUGGAGGCAUUGGUGGAGUGAUCAGAAGAAAAGAUGGUUCUUUUGUAGCUGGUUUUUCAAAGUGUGUACAUCAUGUUUCAUCUCCAAAGCAAGUGGAGCUACUAGCAAUUCGUGAGGGCAUUGAUUUUCUACGGCAGCGUAGCCUCCAAGAAGCAUGCCUUGAGAAUAAUUGCCAGGUUGCAAUACAAGAGAUUGGGGAAGAAGAUUUUGACCUCAAUGAAAAUGCCAACUUAUUGUUGGAUAUACAUCAGUGCAGCAAGUAUGUACACAAUCUGGAAUUUUCUUUUGCUCCUAGAACUGCCAAUGUAGAUACCUCUACUAGCAAGCUUGUUUUCUCUGUCACCAAGCAUAAGCAACACCCUCUUAGAGGACCCACAAGCCAUGGUGGAGCCCAACAGCGACAUACAUCCUGUGGCCCGACAUCUAACCUACCUUGUGGUAGUCGAAGGCUGCCAAGACCUCACCUAGAAGCAACCUUCCCGGCCUUGCCAACUUGCCUUCACAACAUACUUUGA